CCCAGCGGGCAGCGCGCGCCGCCCGCACACCGCCCACCACACGCCGGCAGCAGUAGGGAUCGCGCGCUCCCGGCACCGAGCAUGGCGCCUCCCGCCCGGUAUUGCGUCCCCGGGGAGCGGCUGUGCAGCACAGAGGAGGCCACAGCUGGCAGCGGGACUUAUAUCCGGCACGGCUUCAUCUUCUCCUCGCUGGCUGGCUGCCUGGAGAAGAGGAGCGAAGGGAGUGGGCUACCUGUGGUGUCAGUGGUGAGAGAUGCCGAGGCCCAGCUCCUGCCCGAUGUGGGGGAUGUGGUGACAUGCAAGGUUUGCAGCAUUAACUCCCGUUUUGCCAAGGUGCACAUUCUGUACGUCGGCUCCACACCACUGAAGUCCACCUUCCGGGGAACCAUACGGAGAGAAGAUAUUCGAGCCACGGAGAAAGAUAAGGUAGAAGUGUACAAGAGCUUCCGCCCCGGUGACAUAGUCCUGGCCAAAGUCAUCUCACUGGGGGAUGCGCAGUCCAACUACCUGCUGAGCACGGCGGAGAACGAGCUGGGGGUGGUGGUGGCACGCAGUGAGGCAGGAGUGCAGAUGGUGCCCAUCAGCUGGUGUGAGAUGCAGUGCCCGCGGACGCACACCAAGGACUUCCGUAAGGUGGCCCGCGUGCAGCCACAGUUUCUGCAGACCUAGCAGUCCCCUCGCCCUGGGGGUCUGCUGGGCAGGGGUCUGAAGGCCUGGAGCAGUUGGAUGGGCUAUCACUUGCAGGAUGGAUUUUCUCUUUGUGACUAAUAAAUAUUUUUUGA